AUGCAAGCUUCACAGACGAGGACUUCUUCGCCGGAAGUGCCUUCAUCGCCCCCAGCUGCAUCGCUACAGCAAGGCGGAAGAGUUGGUACUGAAGACGAGCAGAGGGCGUCUUCUCCGGCGCAGACCUUAGUGACCGCACCGUCCCCUACGCAGACACUGGGCCAUUCAAGCCCUGAGCUUCCUCCUCUUCCCUAUAUACCAGCCCUCGGCGGCGUUCCACGGACCCCGGCAACAAUAGCUCGCCAUCCAGCUACCGAUACCACAUACUAUACAGCCAGCUGGGGCUCACCAUACCAGAACCCUCCGCCCAACUUCAACAUCCAGUCUAGUCCACCGAAGCUCAGAUCGAUUCUAGAUAGUGACGAUAUAGAGGAGAACUCCCCUGGGCCGCAGUUCGGACUUGACCACCUGCUACCUUCCCGCUUGGAAGAACCGCCCCACGAUUUUCAGUUUGGCCUCGAACAUUUGCUGCCACACCGUCUAUCAACCAGCCAAGCAACGCCGACGAGACCGGGCCUACAUACACACCAAAGUGCUCCUGAGAUUACUCCACGUCCGCUUAGCGCGACUUCCAAUCGGGCAUCGAAACUACCAUCGGUAGGGGCCACGGAGGACUGGGUUCGACAGUACCUUGCCAGUCGGUGGACAGUUGAGAGGGGCAAUUGGUGGAGCGACGAGUCAGGGGAUAGCGAGGGCAGCAUACAGUCGGAGGGUACUCGUGACACCAGCCGCCGGAACACUGCCACGAAGCGAACCGCUAGCAUUAAAGGCCACAAGUCAAGGAAGGACAAUCUUACCCUGAAACAGGCAGAUUUCUGGAAGUUUUUCGACGGCGAGCCAAUGGAAAACUUCGACAAGAUGAUGUUGUCCAAACAUGCAAGCCCUCAGCCGCCGUUGUCGGCUCCGGAGCUGGAUACGCAGCCUAAAUCGGUAUCAAGGCUUUCAUCUAUCGACAAGCCUCUACCUCCACCCCCCAUGUCAAAAGAUCCGACAUUGAGCAAUUCAUCUCCUGAAAACGCAACAAACUUGCCUCGGUCUUCCAGCGUGCCUGCGACUAGCCCUACAGCGCUCCCUCUUAGGAAGAGCAUUAAGUGGCGGGGAAAGUCCUGUGUAAUCCAAAUACCAGCCGAUGUGCCUAGGAGCGAUGACGGUACUUUGCUGUAUCCCUUGAGCGUAGAUGAGGUCGCUGCGCGACUCGAAAGGUUCAAGCAAGCUGGUUAUGAGAUUGGCGGAUUCGACCACUAUUCUCAAGAGCCAGGCAACUCGAUUGCCGACGCACCAGUGCAGAACUGUGCAAUCUUUCCGGACCCGACAGAUGAUCGUUCAGACCACACGAAAGGAAGUUUUAGGGUGCAUAUACCUAACAAGUCAGAGUGGGAGGCGUACGUGAAAUUCCUCACUGAGCAGAAGCUUCGCGCUUUGGGAGUGACUCUGGGCGAUGAAGAACCUGAAGUGAUUGCACCACCAAGACGGAUGUCAUCACAGCGUCCAAUUUUACCUUUCUCACCUCCACUUCCAACGUUGUCAGCCAACAGCAGGGGUAUCGGCCAGUCGGGUGGAAUCAACACAAUACCGUUCCAAUCCGGCCCUCCAUCACGACAUCAGUCAACCCGGUCUGUCGCGUCGCCACUUUCUGCGUAUGGGAACCCUCGAGCACUACACAUGCAUAGACACUCGACGUUUGCCUCGCCUCCAGGUUUUGCUUCACAACUGCCUACCCCGCCAGGUCCCUCGUCGUUCUCGCCUCAACACUACUUUGCUCACCAAGGUGGUGCUCGAGGAGGCUCACCCGCCUUUUCGAACGGCAGGCCGGAUCCAGGACAGGUGGUGUCACCUGGCUCACUUUACGGCUCCUACGGCAACCAAGCAUCGCCCUUUGUCCCUAGAGAGGAUCUCAUGCUGCAAAUACAACAGCAGCAGCCACUAUUACAGACACAACUGCAGCAGCAACAACAGCAAAACAUCUUCAAUGUGCGUCCUACAUCGACACUGAAGGAGGUGCCCGAGGAUGAGGAAGAAGACGAUCUACCCAGUAAGCCCAAGCAGGCGACACAGCCGGAUCCGACCAUUGCUGUGCCGACGCCUCGCGGUCAUCAUCACAACAUUAGUGCAAGCCUGGAGCGGGAGAUUCGCGAUGCGGAAUACCACCUCGAGAGAUCCAUUGAUAGGCAAUUGGAUGAGGACAGCGAGUUCAGUCCGGAAGCGCGCUUUGGGAUCCAUGAUGCUGCUGUGCAGCCAACCGGCCAACCUGGUCCCCACAUGAAUGGGAAUCCUUGGCCAAAGACUUCCGCAGCCCAGCAGACGCUUCACCAACCACAACCCCACAGCAGAACCCAAUCUCUAACGCAUCCCGGCCAGCCCAACACGGUGGAUCUCAGUAGUCAAGGCGCGAAUUUGCCGCACAGUGAAAUGAGUGAUAGUACGGGAACGAAUCCAUCUGAAGCAGACAUCAACCCUAGAGGGUACAAAGGACACAUCAGCCGGUCGUCAUUCGACCAUAAGCAGAAUGGUUUCCCAAGCACUGACCAAGCCGAUCAUGAGAGCGGACCGCCGUUCCGCAGCUCCCAGUUCGAAACUACGUCGAAUCAUGCGCCCAAAACAUCAGUCUCCAAACUCAACGUGACAGCCAAGGAGUUCACAUUCAAUCCGGGUGCCGUGAUUUCGGGUCCCUUAUUUCGGUCAUCGAAUACUAAACCUCUCGUUUCCAACCCGCUCGCUAGACCACAUCGUAACAAUGCCAGCCCGACCGGCGGGCUCUACUUGGGCCAAUUGGGGAAUGGCUUCAACGUUACUGCACCCACUCUCCAGCCUGGUAGAAUGGGUCACUCGGCCGUUCCCACUGGGAGCUUCAGCUUUCUACCUACUGGAUCGACGCAUAAGCCGAACGUCCCUGUCCUUCAGACUGGCAAUGUUCCCGGGCCGGUUCUGGACGCCAAUAGCCUCAGUUCCUCUGCCGUUUCUGAUAUGCCGAACAGGAUCUUUGGGAACGUAACUUUAAAUCCCAACGAUAUUGUGAAGCCAGUCAGAAAGUCGAAGGCGGUGCCUAUCGUUCGGCCCAGCAGCUCACGGGAGCACCAAGAUGAGGAGGUUCACUACGAUACAGAAGGUCGCCUCGCACAGAGUGAUGCACGCCAGAAAAGAGCAAAACACGGUGCUGACGAUGGGGACGACGUCCCGCAGUUCGCUUCGCCUUCCAAUCCGCUCGAUGAGCUAAGCGCCGGUCCGAUGAAGGCAACAGAUACGAAAGAGGAUCAGGAUGAUCCACCGGUAAAUACGGAGAACAUGACCACGAACAAGGCUGACAUUGAGCCGCUUCCGCCUGCCGCCAGUCUCAACUGUCAAGAUGUACCUGAGUCUCUGAGUGCUCAUAUCGAACCCCAACUGAAAUCAGAGCUUGCCAGUGUCAAAGCGGUAAUCAGCGAUCACGCCAAAGAGAGCAGCAUCGAUUCGGGAACCCUGACUGAGAUGUCACAGCCUUUCAAAAGAACUCAUCAGCUUAGAAGCUCGCUGUCGGCUACAGCCAAGCCGUUCGAGUUCAACCCCUCAGUUGAGCGAUCAUCCGAGUUCGGCCUUCACAUUACCAAGCCGUCUGUUAAUCAAAGCGAUGAGAUCACUAAGACACUCGGCAGCCCGCCACCACCUUCAAGUCGAAGCCCAGCAACAACCUUCCCGCACAGCGAUGACGGAUCCUACAGGACCGCCGUGGAAGGUCGAAAGAUGUUGCCAUACCCUGACAGUGAUGCGGUGGACUACGAAUCUUACGUCCAGCCGACUUUCAAUGAGAUUGACGAGGUAAUGAAACAUCUCAACGAGGAAGGCUCUGACUUUGGUGUUGAGAGAGACGGUGAUUCUUGGGAGCAGUCAAGUCCAAGGGCGAAGUCGCCGCACCAAUUCGAACGCCUCGAAUUAAGACCGCCGAACCACUUUCGCAGCGAUGCACCUAGCCCGAGCCCUCGCCGCUUAUAUCCUCCUGUUCCGCCAAAUGAUUCUGCAUCUCUCACGAACGAUCCGUUUGACGAAGAGCGUGCAGCAUUGGCAUACGAGUCGCCUGUCCAUCGCUUGAACAACCUAGGCGAUGUUCCUGUCAGCGACUGGGAUGACGUCGUUUCGUCGAAUGAGGAAGAUAAGAUCCAACCUCGGAGUCGAUUCUUUGACAGUCACGUGGACCGCGUCGUCGACGGCGUGCUGCAAAGCCGCCUAGGUCCUCUCGAGCAGGCUCUGCGAUCCAUUCAGAACUCCGUGAACGCAAUGUCGCAGCGUCGUAGUAAUCGCAGCAUGCGCAGAAGCAGCUCCAUGGACCGUCGGUUGGACAGCGAUGCCGAUGAUGAGGAUGACGAUGACCUAGCAAGUCCGCAACUCCGCACUCGCUCGCCAUGGAAGGACAGAAAACUCGAGAAGAUCAGAAGUAUCGUCCAAGAUGCACUUACCGCUCAGGCGAGCCGUGAGGCUCCGGCUGAGCGAGCCUUUGACUUCACACAGCUGUCUCAAGCUAUUGCAGAUUUGAAGGUCUCGACUGCUCAAACAAGUGAAUAUGCUAAACUCAUGUCCGCCGGACUCAGCCCUGCAGACUUCCAGCUAGCUCUCGAAGAACUCAAAUCGUCCAUCGAAGAGAGUGUGCAACGCAUGGGAGAUACUCACAGUGUCCCAUGCUUUGACCCUAAAGAGUUCUAUCAAGCGCUUGCUGACCUGAGAUCGUCUGUUGCUCAAACCACUUCCGUAAGCCUUCAACUCGAGGAUAUCAAAGGACUCGUCGAGGACGCUUUCUCGCGCCAGCACCAAGCCGUAGUCUUUGCGAAGCAGGAUGAAAAGUCCAAAGAAGACGCCCCUAGCGUCUCAGACCUGGAUCGGAUGCUGAAAGAAGCAGCUGACCGCAUGGACGGAGAAGUCAAGGCUCGACAUGCAGCGGAGCGACGAGAAGCAGACACCCAGAAGUUGCUCAAGUUGGCCGAAGAGGAGAUCGAGCUCUUUAAGGAGUCCUCUCGAGAUGACUGUCAGAAAAUGCGAGCCUUGGAAGAUGAAUGCCACGUGUCGCGUCAGAAGAUCGCCGCAGCCAAUACUGCCCUUGAGGAGCUCCGCCAGAGUCGCACAGAACUGUCAGCCGAGAACAAAGCUCUCGAAGAUACCCUCGAUGAGUAUCGAAUCUCGAGCAGCAAAUGGCGGGAUGACAUCGAUCAGGCGAAUGAAGACAGGGAGGCGCUCAAGAAAUCUAUGAGUAUGUUGAAGCUUCAGAUCGAAGAAGCGACACGUGUUCGUGAGCUUAUGCGGUCGAAGUUGGAAACGAUUCAGCUCGAUAUGGCUGCUGCUGCAGGUCAGGUUGCAGACGAGAAGGCUCGCUGGCAGAAGGCGGAUGAGGAGCAUCGCACCAGAUACGAGGUACUGACCGCUAGAGUGGGCGCUGAAGCAGCGACGAGGGAGCGGCUGGAAAGAGAGCUUGAGCGGCUGGAGAUGCAGGAACAAGAUGCUAUCAAGGCGAGGCUUGUCCUCGAGGAGACUCGCAGGGCCAACGUGCGGCUAGAGGAGACGGUCAACGCACUUCGACUCGAGAGCCUGGCGCACCAGAAGAACGCUGAGCGCUUCGAGCGCGAAUUCCAAGAGGCUAGGGAAGCGGGUCGCAAUGAGGUCCAGCGGACCCGAGUUCUUAUGGAGGCAGAUGUCGAAGCUGCGAACAACCAGGUCAACAUCGUCCGUGCAGAUCUGGAAAUCGAGAUGUCAAGAUUGCGAGUCGAACUGGAGAACGUCCGUUUGGAUGCCGAUACUGGCAAGGCGAGGUAUGAGAUGUUGCUCGAAGGCGAGGCUGAUGCUAAGCGGGGUGCGCUCCGUGAUGCACUUGACGAUAAGAGCAAGGCGUUGCAGGAGCAGCAGCAAAAGUUUGAACGUCACCUUGACGACCUCCAAAGUCAGCAUAGCCGUACCAUCCACAAUGCUCUUGAGGACAGGCAACGUUCAGAGACAUAUCUCCAGGAGAGCCUGAGUCUUUCUCAAGCCAAGGUCGACCACUUGCAAGACAAGAUUCUACACCUCGAAGAAAAGCUUGAGAUUGCCAAAUCCGCUGCACAGGCGGCUGCACAAGCCGCACAAACAGCAAAGGCUCCCGCCGGUGCCGCGUUACUUCCACAACCGCCAGACAGGAUCUCCACGCAAGCCCUCCGUGAGUCGAUAAACGUACUACAAGAGCAGCUCCAGGACCGUGAGAGACGCAUUGAGAGCCUCGACGAGCAACUCAACCAAGUCGACGCCUCCGCACCCGCCAAAUUAAAAGAGCGCGACACCGAGAUCACCUGGCUGCGUGAACUCCUCGGCGUACGGCUGGACGACCUCUCCGACCUGAUCAACGCCCUCUCGCAACCGACCUUUGACCGUGACACUGUCCGCGACGCUGCCAUCCGCAUCCGCACGAACCUGCAGAUGGAGCAGCAAGAGAAAGAGCGCCUGGUGUCCGGCAGCCAGACCUUCCCAACGCUCGCCAGCAUCUCGAACUUCGCUUCGCCUAAGGCCGUCCAGCUCGCAGCCGCCUUCGGAAACUGGCGCAACAAGGGCAGAGAAACCGCCGCCAGCGCGCUGGCCCAGUCGACCAACAACACCAGCAGCAGCGCCAGCACGUCGCGAGCGCAGACACCGUCCAAGACCGCUCCGUCGGCGCAGAACUUUCUCUCGGGCCUCAUGACGCCUCCGACGUCGAAUUUGCGCCGUACGCCUUCGCCUACGCCCGCAGCGGUCUCUGGUAUUCUUGAGCUCAAGCAAGGUCGAGGUCGCCCGGCCCGUCGGCUCGAGCAGCCCGCGGCCCUGCCGGCGUUGUCGGUGCGGCAGCAGGAGAAGCAGGCUGUGGCUGCUCCGCUGACCACGCCGCCGCUUAUGCGGGAGAGCUCAUAUGAUCAAGAUGCUGAGGACGGGGAGUAUAGCACCAAUGGGUUCUAUGACGACGAAGGGAGUACUGUUGAUGGGAACCUGGUUGAUGGAGUGGAGCCCCUUCAGGCGUUCGGGCCGGGACUGGGGGGUGCAGUGUAG